AUGAAAAUGGCGCAGGAAACGAACCACAACCAGGCACCGCUACUUUGUUCCAACGGCUGCGGAUUUUAUGGUAACCCUCGCACCAAUGGACUCUGUUCUGUGUGCUACAAAGAACACCUACAGAGGCAGAACAGCAGCAGCGGGCGGCGGCAGGAGCAGUCCACCAGUGGUGUCAAUGGGGAGUGGGGUGGAGGUUCCCUCAUCGCAGCAGGCUGUCACACCUCAGGUAUCUGAACCAGAAGAGUCCGUGUUGCCACAAGCACAAGCAAGUUCCUUGCCACUUCAGAAUCUGUGUCCCCUUCACCGGCUGAAAACACAGAGAGAACAGAACUUCUGAAACAAACGAGCCCCAGCUUCUCCAUCAGACAGCGCACAAAACUCUUCUGAAGAGCAAGCGAGCUCUCCUGCCAAGGCCAAGCUAAAAAAGAACCGCUGCAACUUGUGCCGCAAGAAGGUCGGACUUACAGGAUUCGAAUGCCGGUGCGGCAAUGUAUUCUGUGGCACCCACCGCUAUUCCGACGUCCACAGUUGUUCCUACGACUACAAAGCAGAAGCCGCCGCAAAGAUCAGGAAAGAAAACCCAGUGGUGGUGGGAGAAAAGAUCCAGAAAAUCUGA